CUUAGUGACAGUGACAGGUAUUGUUUGGAUUUGGGAAUGUGUGAGUGAGUAAUCAAGUUUCGUGAAUUUAUUUGCGAAUCUUAUUGAUUUUUCUUAUUUUCUCUUGAAAUCGCAAGUGUUGUAAAGAUUCAGUCAGUGUACAAUUAGUCGUGGUCAACGAUGGGUGCAGCAUUGGGUCUUUGUUCAGCAGCUCAGCUGGCAUGCUGCUGCGGAAGCACAGCUUGCUCGCUGUGCUGUGCAGCGUGCCCUUCGUGCACCAACUCCACGUCUUCAAGGUUGAUGUACACGCUCAUGCUACUGGUAGUGAUGGUAGCGGCCUGUGUCACGCUCGCGCCGGGAUUGCAGAACGAGCUACGGAAAGUACCAUUUUGUGCUAAUUCAUCGACGGCGUCUAACUACGUAGUACCUGGAAGCUUAAAAGUGGAUUGUGACCAAGCUGUUGGAUAUUUGGCUGUAUACAGAAUCUGUUUCGCAACAUGUCUCUUCUUCGUUCUCAUGGCGCUCAUAAUGAUUGGUGUGAGAUCAUCCAAAGAUCCUCGAGCUGGAAUACAGAAUGGGUUCUGGGGUAUCAAAUACCUUGUGGUGAUUGGCGGGAUAAUAGGAGCAUUUUUCAUACCGGAGGGUCAAUUCGCUUCCACGUGGAUGGUUUUCGGCAUGAUCGGUGGCUUCUGUUACAUAAUCAUCCAGCUCAUUCUGAUCGUUGACUUCGCUCACACCUGGGCUGAGAAGUGGGUUUCCAACUAUGAAGAGUCGCAGUCGCGCGGCUGGUACGCGGCGCUGCUGCUGGCCAUGCUCACGUGCUUCGCGCUCGCGCUGACUGGCAUCGUGCUUCUCUACGUCUUCUACACUAAGUCGGACGGCUGCGGCCUGUCCAAGUUCUUCAUCUCCAUCAACCUGCUACUGGUGGUGGGCGCGAGCGCGGUGUCCAUCCUGCCGGCGGUGCAGGAGCAGCAGCCGCGCUCGGGGCUGCUGCAGUCGGCCGUGGUGGCGCUGUACGUGGUCUACCUCACCUGGUCUGCGCUCGCGAACGCGCCGGCUGAGUGCAACGGUGUCAAUAGCGGCAAAGAUCAGUCGUCUUUCGACAAGCAGCAAAUGAUCGGCCUGGCCAUCUGGGUGUGCAGUAUGCUGUACUCCAGUAUGCGCACCGCCUCAUCGUCCUCCAAGAUCACAAUGUCCGACCAUAUUCUCGCUAAGGAAGGAAAUGGAGGGCAAGGAGGGCUCAUUGCUAACGAAGGUAACGCCUUGACUACAUUAGCUUGCCCCACCUUGUAUUGUCGCCAUAAGUUGACAGUGUUAAGCCGGGUCUCCAGCGCGUGUUUUGCCCUACACAAUCAACAAAGAUGUCAAACAUUCAACAUUUUUGUAAGCAAUUUCGUUGUGUGUUGAGAUGUUUUUGUUGAU